UUUAGUCUGUAAUCAUCUGCAGAAAAAUUUCUCUAGAUAUCAUUUACAUUUUCUUUUCAGAAGUUUACUUGUUUAUUAGCAAUACGGAAUGAUUCGAUUGAAUUUUAGUUUCUUGGUCCAUAAUUCUGAAUUUCCCAAACUAAAUAUUACUGAAUUCUUAGCACCUCCUCCUUUGGUUUACCUGAAAGCAAAUGGCUGGUAAAUUAUCAUUUGCAACAAGGAACAAGCUGCAAACUUCUCCAAUUUUUGAAACAAUUUGGGAUAUGAGGCAUUGCAUCUUCUGUAAUAUGUUUUUCUCCUACUUGCAUGGCUGGAAAAAUCUGAUUACCAUUGAACCAUUUGAGUUUGAUAUGUUUCUUUUGGGGAACUUUUAUUUUUGGUAUAUUUUGCUUAAUAUUUAACUUGAAGCAUGUCAUAUGAUUUCUGCGUUUCAGGUUUCUGCCUAUUUGCCCCUUAAAACAUGAUGAUUUGGAUGGUUUUUCUGCUGAAGAAGGCGUAAAGAGAGGACUGCUGUGUAGACAGCAUAGGCAAAUAGUUCUUCCUGAUUUCAGAGGCCACAUGGCGAUGUGAAUACUUAGAAUCACCAGAAUGCACUGACUGACAGAAACUUGGCAUGCUUAUGCUCCGACCUCUUCGGUAUUAAUAAAUUUGACUGCAGUGUCAUGUACGCAAUUGUGGGAGUUUUAAUUCUUUAUCUCAUGUGAGAAACCCGAAAGUUAUAUACUAUGCUCCACUUAAGAUCUGUCCAACUGUUAGCUUAUGUAUCUUCGUUGUGCAUUCCAACUGUAAUCUGAAUGUUAAGGACUCUUUUAAACAUGUUGCAAUGCAUUUCAUGUACGUUGUAUAUAUACAUGCAGUUUUCACAAGGUCUUCUUUCUUAUUGCUUUGAUCAAGCCUUCAUGGUCAUCAUCCAACACUUAGGGAAAUUUUUAGCAAAUUUGUCCAACAUGGGGUAUACUCCAGUCCAAUUUCCUCCAGUCGAAUUCAUUAUCACUGCAUUUCUUGAUCAUUGCCUCUUUGAAGAGUAGCCUUUAUUUUUUAUGUUCUUCUUAAUUGUUUAAAUCAAGUCUUCAUGGUCAUCAUGAAACGCUUUUGGAAAUUCCUAGCAAAUUAGUCCAACAUGGGGUUUACUCCAGUCCAUUUUCCUCCAGUCGAAUUCAUUAUUACUGCAUUUCUUGAUCAUUUUCUCUCUGAAGAGUAGUCUUAAUUGUUAUUAUUUUUUUCUUCUUAAUUGUUGUCAUUAUCUUCUUAAUUGUAACUGGUUACCAGGAAUCCCAUUUGCAACUGAUGGUUCCUCUCCAUUUCCCAUCUCUUGACAUCCACUCUUACAGCUGUUCCAUCUUUUAAAAUGAACUCUAGUUGCACUUCUUUCCAACGUCUUUCACACCAAGUAUUUCAUUGUUGCAAGUUAUCAGAAGAUCCAGAACAAGAAGCCAUGAAGAGCUAUUCUACUGUUCUCCUUCCCUUCUUGCUAUGCUUCUUACUGAACAUUUGUUCAUUGGUUGAAGGAAUGAGUAGUGUCUCCUCUUCUUCACUUUCUGGAAACCAAAUCAACACCAUGUUCAAUCUCUAUGACACUCUCUCCGCCAUACUAUCCCCCAAGUCAUCUUUGGAAACUAACUAUGAUCGCAAUCCUUGUUCAUGGACUUCUUGGGUGACUUGUUCUACAUCGUCAUCUUCUUCAUCUUUGCAAGUGACUGGCAUCAAUCUAUCUGGGCAUGAUCUCUCAACAGAAACCACCAAGAACACCUCCUUCUUCUCCCUUCUCUGCCAGAUUGAUUCCUUGCAGUACCUAAGCCUCUCAAACAACAUGUUUGAUUCCCUUCCUGACUCCUUCCUCUCCAACUGCUCUGCCCGCUCUCGACUCAAAUUCCUCGAUAUUAGCUUUAACAAGUUGUCUGGCCAGCUGCCAAACCUUUCACAGUUCACUGGUUUGGUGAGUCUUGAUCUUUCUAGGAAUAACUUGUCUGGAAAGGUAGACAGGCAGUUGCAUGGUCUUGUAUUGUUGAAGAGCUUGAACUUGUACUUUAACUCCAUUACUGGAAACCUUCCAAUGAAUUUGAGCUUAGCUCUUGAGGAACUGAUUUUAUCAUACAAUAAGUUUGAGGGUUCAAUCCCCAGGGAGAUGUUCAGACAUGCCAACCUGAGUGUCCUGGACCUCAGUCAGAAUCAGCUCUCUGGGUCUAUUACUGAUGGAAUUGAAGGGUUGCUCAAGCUUGAAGAACUACUCCUUUCUGGCAAUUAUCUAGCAGGGGAACUCCCCAUGAUUAAGACACUCUCCUGGUUUGCUGCCGAUAACAACUAUUUUAAUGGAAGUAUUCCUUCUGGGAUCACUACAAAUUUGCAAUUCUUGGACUUGAGUUACAACAAUCUUACUGGAGUUCUGCCAAACAAUUUUCUUUCUCACGGCAGUUUAGAGCAUCUCGAUUUGACUGCCAAUUCCCUUGAAGGUCACAUCCCGCAAAUUUCAGGUAAUUGUUUGACAAAACUUAACCAGUUAAAGCUUGGUCAGAACAAGCUCAAUGGGAGCAUUCCUCCGGCAAUUGGUGAGCUAUCAGGUCUGAUGUAUUUGGAGUUGAAUGACAACCAAUUUGAAGGAGAUAUCCCCGUUCAGUGGCAGAAGUGUAAAAAUCUUUCUCGUCUGAAUUUAGCAGGAAACAAAUUGCAUGGUACAUUACCAAAGGACUUUGGAAGUCUUGGUGAAUUGAAGGUCUUGCGGCUUCAAAUGAAUAAUCUUGAUGGUAGCAUCCCUGACGAAAUUUAUAAGUUGGUGAACUUGCAUAUUUUGGAUCUUAGCCUAAAUUCCUUUACCGGUGGGAUAUCUCCAUUGAUUUCUAGCUUGAAGAACAUUUCAUUCUUAAACAUGAAUGGCAACAAGCUCGGAGGAAGGAUACCUGAUUCAGUUGGUAACAUAGGACCAUAUCUGAUUGAACUCCAAAUAGCCAACAACAAGUUCAAAGGAAGUAUUCCUCAAAUGUCCAGCAACUCACAGAUGACUACUCUCAACCUCAGCAGCAACCUAUACAUGGGGCCUUUACCUGAAUCUCUUACUGAAUUGUCCUCUUUGAAGGUUCUUGAUCUCUCGAACAAUAAGUUUACUGGUGGCAUUCCAGCUUCUUUUACUACAAUGCAAAGCCUGACAACAUUGGACCUUUCCAAUAAUCAGCUUUCUGGCAUCCUUCCAAACUUUACCAAGUGGGUGAAUGUCAUUACCACUGGAAACGAUAUACAAAAUGUUACAUAUCCGACUCAAUCAAAGACAAUUAAUUUAUCCGUUGUCCUUGUAGUUGCCAUAUGUUCCUGUGUUGGCUUUAGUUUGUUCUUUGGAGUGAUUACAUUUUUGAGUUUGGAAGUGCCCAUUCGCAAGCGCAAUGUAAUAUAAUAUUAUUACUAUUUGGUAGGUUUGUUGUUGAUUCUACUCAAAUGAAUAUUUU